UUGGACGGCAGGCAACAGCAGGCAUGGAAGCAGGCAGAGCGAUGACAGCUGACCUGCAAAAGACAUGGCAGAUAACAGGAAGCGGUGAGAUAAGCAGAGACAAGGUACGCAACCUCAAGAUGGAGGGAAAUAGAGAAGUCUUGGCAGAGACAUACCGAAUAGCUCAGCUGGAGAAACUGAGAGAGGUGGAGAGAAUGAGAGAGGUGGAGAGACAGCGAGACACUGAUAGACAUCAAGAGAGAAUGAGAGAGAUGGAGAGAAUGAUAGAGAUAGAGAGGAAAAGAGAAAGAGAGCUGGAGGAAGAUUGGACAAGGCAAAUGGAGAGGCUGGAAGAGAGGAAGAAAAAGAGGAUGAAAGACAUGGAAGAAGAGCUGUAUGACAGACAAAGAACAAUGGAGAAACAACUAGAGGAACGAAUAAGAAGAAUGGAGACAGAGUGGGAGAGAAGAGUGGAAAAAGAAAAGGAGAGGCAGCGUCAGCUGGAAAAACAACUUAAGGACAUGGAGGAAAACUAUGCUAAGGAAAGUGAAGUGGAGCAAAAGAAAAACGAGGAUAUAAGGGAGCUUGAAAGAAAAAGCCAACAGGAGUGGGAGGCAAAGAUACUGGAGAUGGAACGUAAGAUAGAGAGAGGGGAAGUGAUGGCUCAGAGAAGGGAGGAGGAAUUGUUGAGACAGAUUGAACAUCAGCAGAAAACUAAAAUGGAGGCACUGAGACACACAGAAACAACAAUGGGAAAAGAAAGACAGAGACACCUGGAUAUUCAGAGAGGGCUGGACCAAGAGAAGGACGAAUGUCAAGACAUGGGAUCAGAGAUACAGAGAGAGAGAGAUAGAAAGAGCACUAUCAGGGAACACGUAGAGAUCACAGAGCGAAGGCUGGAAAAUGAGCAAAGAGAACUUGAGAGACAGCAAGAGAUGAAUGAGAAGGUUAAGAAAAUGGAGCAAAAAUUUGAGAUGGAGAGAGAGAUGGAGCGAAAGAGACAUGAGGAAAGAUGGAGGGAAUUGGAGGACAAAAGUCAGAAGGAAUGGGAGAGGACAAGAGAGCUGGAGAGAAAGCUAGAGGCAGAAAGAGAGACGGCUCAGCAACAAGAACAGGAGUUGUUGAAGAUAAUGGAAGAGCAGGAGAAAGCAAAAGAGGGAGAACUGAUGAAAAUGGAAAAGCAGAGAGAGAUUGAGAGAGAAGAAAAAAGAACAAUUGAGUUGCAGACACCCAGAAAAACAGAGCUGGAUAAAGUGAUAGGCAAAGGUAAAGAAUGGAUGAAAGAAAUUAAGCAAAAAGUAGAGAAAAGAAAAGAUACAGAGCUAGAUUUGCAAGAUGGACAGAAUAAUCUGGAGCAUAAACAACCAGAUGAAAGAGAAAAAUAUACUGAGGAAGAAGAGAAAUCAACAAUAGCAGAACAGAGGAAAUCAACUAUCAAAGGGAUGGACUGGUUGAGAGAAAUGAGACAAAAAGAAGAGAAAAACAAACAUAUCACUCAGCAAGAGGAACAGCUUUUUCUGCAGAAUACCUCAAAAGAAAGAGCAGAAGAGUCUGUGGUUAGACCAGUGGAAGAAAAGGACAAACCAAUCCAAGGGAUGGAAUGGUUGAGAGAAUUCAAGCUAAAAGAGAAGAAAAUUGUAGAUUCAGGAAGUAAUAUAACAAUUGAGGAUGAAAUAAAUCAAAGUACAAGUAAGCUAAUGGAAGGAAAGACAGCAACUAUACGAAAACAUGAGCAACUGGAGGAUGUCUGGCUUGGAGAUAUGGGCCUAACGAAAAGAGAGGACAAAUGGAGUGAGAUUAGGAGGAAACAUCAGCGAAGCAGAGAGGAGAGUAGACAAGAGCUGGGGAAACAUAUCGAUCAAGGAGAACAGACAGAAAACAACAAAUGUAUGGUGCUGAGCCCAAGAGGAAGAAAUGCAGCGAGAAAGAAAGAUGCUGAAGAUCGAAGAAUGACAGAGGUGAAUAAACAGGGAAUUAAUGAGGUUAAGAACUUGGAAAAUGAGGGAAUGGACUGGCUCGAAGAAAUUAAGCAGAAUGUGGUGAGAAAGAAGAGAGAGAGUUUGCAAGAGGGACAGCAAAUUAUAGAUGAACAACUAUCCAUUCAGAAGGAAAGAAUGGGUGUAAUGAAAAACAAGAGAGAAAGAGAAAUGGAAGGGCAGCAGGUGGAGAGAUGUGGACAACUGGAUGACUGGCUAGGAGGUAUUGAUAGAACAUUUGAAAAAGAGAGAGAGAGGGAGCAAAAGAAAAGUGAAGAAAGGUGGAGUGAGAUUAGCCAAAAUCGUCAGAGGAAGUGUGAGGAAAAGGCCCAAGAACUGGGAAAGCAGCAAAAGCAAGAGACAGAGAUGCAGGUGACUAAACAGAAGGAGCUGGUGAGACAGACAGAGGCAGAACCCAACACCAAAGCAGAGGGACUGCUCGACAUGGUGAGACAGACACAGAGAAAGAAGACUGAAGACACACUGACUGGGAUGGAGACAGAGGGGCCAGUAAAGACAGUCAUGGCAUGGCAAGGUGACAGCAAACGGAUGGAUGGAUGGGUGAACAUACAGAAGAAUGAUGUGGAGAAGGACAUGGGAAGAAAUAGGAAGGUGGACAGUGAGAUGAGGGAGGCAAAAGGUUGCAGCGGACAGGAGCAACUGACAGAAAGAAAAGGGGACGUUGAGGAUGUUGCAGGUGCAAAGGCAGUGAGGAGAAAGCUGGAAGACAACCUGGAGAUGGAGAAGCAAACAAAAAACAUGGAAGGAUUCAUACAGUGGGGGAGGAAGGGGGACGUGGAUGCACAAACGUGUAGAAGUACUCAUCAGACUGACCUUGACCACACGUCAUGGGGUGCAGAGAGGCAAGCAGCCCUGCUGGCGCCAAAGACAAGUGACACUAAUGAGAAACCUAAAAGAGACAACACGGCCAUCGUGCCAUCUGAGAGGGAGGAUGAACCCCAGGUGAACACAGAAGGGCAAGUAGCCCAGGGCAGCAGGAAUCCCUCUCAGGCCCAGAGUCUCCCAUCAGAUGUGAGUGAGGAGGAGGAGAUGAAUGAAGAACAGGCUGAGAACACUUCACUACCCUCGGAUGAUGACAUGGCACAGGAAGACAUUCCAGGCGGCACAGAGCCCAAUGAGACGGGGCAGAGUGGUGGUGUGAAGGACAAGAGUCCGGGGGAUUGCUGUCACUGCUCCUCGCUGCUCCUCGCUGCUCCUCGCUGCUGCUGGGGAGGUGUUACCCUCGUUCAGAGAGGAAGCGUGCAGACCAUCCAUCCUCACCACGCUGCCAAUGCCAGCGCUGUUCCUCCCUCGAUCCUCACACGGCUGCCAGGACAGAGGAUCUGCACUGGCAUGAAGGCGGCCAGCCUGGUGGCGAUUUUGGCGGCGACUGCUACGAUGGUAACGGUGGCGGUGAUAGACAGCAUCAAUGUGACAGGCUCUGUCUCAGCUGGUGGUGGCGGUAAGAGGACCUUCUGGACUGGCGGUGGCAUGGCAGCAGCUCUUUUUGGCUGCAACCUUGGCGGUGGAUGUGGCAUGGAGGUUUCUCUGGAGUGGCCGGCAUUGACGCGGUGA